ACACAACCAUCCCUUCAAUUCUACACUCCUUUCUGUUCUUAUCUUUCCCCCAAUAUUCAAGAAAUCAAGAAUCUUUCUUUUACCCAAUUUCCCACUUCAUCAAGAACACCCUUUAACACCUUCGGACAUCAAUUCAACUGGAUUGACUUGUUUAAAUCAUGUGGAAUGAGUUUGGAAACCGUCUGCAAUCGAAGGAGUUCGAGUUCUGAUCGUUAUUAGAUUCAGAAGAUGUCUGUUGAAAGAUCAUUUGAAGCAUGGGAAGAGGUGCAACGCCAUGGAUUAGAUUUAGCCGAUAGAUUAACACAAGGUUUUACAGGUUUGAUUCAAUCACACAUCACUCCUCCAUCGUUUACAUGGCCAAACCCUCAACCACCCAAACUGUUUGAUGUCGAAUUCCCAUCCCACAAUUUUGUUACACGAGAUCUUGGGCUUGUGAUCGAGAAAUCGGGUUAUGGGGUUAAUGGGGUUUCUGCCAUUUUCGAUAUUGGAAGCAGGUUAGGUAAAGCUGGGGUGGAUUUUGGGGCCAAUUUGAAUGGUGUUGUUCAGCAGUUCUUUAGGAGGUUGCCGGUGCCAUUAUUCCGGCAUGAGGAAGAUCAAGAUACGGUGGUGUUAAGGAUGGAUUCAGGUGAUCAGAGGACUGGUGAUUUGGGGAUUAAUACGCAGGUUCAUGAGGAUAUUGGUGUGUUGUCAAAAAGGCUUAAAGAUUUUGGGUAUAAUGAAACUGAAAAGAUGAAAGAUGAGUCAGAAGAAGAGGAGGUUUCUGGAUUUAACUCGAAGCUUGCUCGAUUUUCCGGCAAACCGCAGGGGAUACUUAAUCUUUCGUCAACAUUCGACAGCCGGACACAUGACGUGGAAAGUUCUUUGGUUGCACGGGGAGAUUUCUGGAGAGUAGAAGCAUCACGUGGCAGUUCCACAUCCGGGAACGUAAAUCCGUCCCUUUUCCUUGUGCAGCUUGGACCAGUAUUGUUCGUUCGUGAUUCUACUCUUCUUCUGCCGGUUCAUUUGUCAAAACAACAUUUACUUUGGUAUGGUUACGACAGAAAGAAUGGAAUGCAUUCUCUUUGUCCAGCUGUGUGGUCAAAGCAUAGAAGGUGGCUGUUAAUGUCCAUGGUUUGCCUUAAUCCUUUGGCUUGUUCGUUCAUGGAUUUGCAGUUUCCGAACGGUCAAUUGACCUAUGUUGCCGGUGAAGGCGUAUCGACAAGUGCUUUCUUACCCCUUUUUGGUGGUUUGCUUCAAGCUCAAGGUCGUUAUCCGGGAGAAAUGAGGUUCAGUUUCUCGUGCAAGAAUAAUUGGGGAACAUGCAUCACACCAAUGGUUCAAUGGCCCGAUAGAUCGUUCACCAUGGGGUUUGAACAAGCUUUAGCAUGGAAGAGAUCUGGUCUCAUGAUGAGACCAACCGUCCGAUUCAGCUUACACCCAACCGUUGGUGGGAGCAAUCCCGGUGUGAAGGCGGAACUUGUGCAUUCAGUGAAUGAAAAGUUGAAUCUCAUCGGGGGUUAUUCGUUAACAUCACAUCCCUCAGCAUUUGCUUCACUAUCCGUAGGUAGGUCGAAGUGGAACGGAGAUGUUGGAAGAACGGGUAUCGUAUUAAAAGUCGAAACUCCUCUUGGAAAUGUUGGUCGGCCUUCUUUUUCGGUUCAAUUAAAUAGUGGCUUAGAAUUUUGAUCGUGAAUAUAAUCUUCGUUUUGAAAAACGCGGUUAUCGUUCAAUGUAUAUAUGAUCCAUUCGAAUGAAUUCGUCACUUGUACUU